AUUGCCCUGCAGAUGGACACACGUGGGUUCCUUUUGAAAAAAGCUGUUAUUAUUUUGUUCAUGGACAAGAUGACAUUGCAAAGAGCUACACAAUUGAAGAUGCUAAACAUAUCUGCAAGGGAUAUGGUCUUCUGAGCAUCAGCAAUAUGGAAGAGAAAAUUGCUAAAUACAGCUCCUUCGUGUGGAAAGACCAAAUAAAUGUGUGGUUGGGCAUGUUCUAUGAUAGUGACAGUGAUUCUCUGAAGUGGUCUGAUAAAACGGAUGUAGUUUUAAACAACUGGGACAAUAGCUCCACAGACCAGGCUUUGAUUGAUGUCUGUGCGGCCUUACACACCAGCUUGUGAAAGUGAGCUGUGAGGACGACCCUGAACACGGUGUUGUCUGUGAAAGCGCUCAGAGUAACAGUAAGAGUAUGCUUUUUGUAUUCAGAAAUGUUUGGUCCAAGGUUAUCGGUGUGUUAACAACACAGGCUCGGUUAAUAGUUAACAUGGAGGCCACUUG